CUCACGCCAAUAGCCAUCUCAUAAAUCCGCCCACCUCCACCACCACCUUCCUAGUUCCUCCUCCUGCGCCCCCACCUCCGCACGUCACGCAGCGCACGCGGCACGCACCGCUCCGCUGACUAGCCACUACUAGACCCGCGGGUGGUGCCAGCGCGGCGCGGCGGGGCGGGGCGGGGCGAAGAGGGUGGGGGACCGAGGCCCGAAGCACCAGGGGGCGGAAGGAAGAAAGUCUUUGUCCCCUCGGAUUCCGUUACUGGUUCCACUUCCUGCGGCGGCGGCAAUGGUGCUGGGCUCGCCGGUGAAGCGCCUGGCGCGGCGGGCGGCCAAGGGCCCGCUCGAGAGGGCCGGCCUGGCGGGGCUGGCCGCAGCGGCGGUGGCGGCGGCCGCGCUGCUGGCGCUGCUCUGCGCCGCGUCGCUCCGCUGCUCGGCGGCCGCGCUGGCGGCGGCGCCCCGGAGGCUCUGGGCCGGCGGGGUCUCCAUCGCGGCCGAGGCAGAGGCUGCGGUGGCGGCGGCGGCGGCGGUGGGUAAUGAGGAGGAGUGCGACCUGUUCGACGGGGAGUGGGUGCGGGCCGACGGCGGCUACCCGCUCUACGACUCCAGGGACUGCCCCUUCCUCGACGUCGGCUUCCGCUGCUCCGAGAACGGCCGCCCCGACGCGUCCUACACCAAGUGGCGGUGGCAGCCGACGCGCUGCGAUCUCCCCAGAUUUGAUGCCAAAAGCAUGCUGGAGAAGCUACGGAACAGAAGAGUAGUAUUUGUUGGUGAUUCGAUUGGAAGGAACCAAUGGGAGUCUCUACUUUGUAUGCUCUCUACUGCUGUUCAUAACAAGAGUUCAAUCUAUGAAGUUAAUGGGAGUCCCAUCACAAAGCACAUGGGUUUCUUGAUUUUCAACUUUAGAGACUACAACUGCACUGUGGAAUACUACAGAUCCCCUUUUAUAGUCCUUCAAGGUCGUGCUCCAGCUGGAGCCCCUGAGAUUGUUAAGUACACGAUUCGAGUGGAUGUCAUGGAUUGGAUGUCUGACCGGGGUAAGUGGAAGGAUGCUGAUGUAUUGAUCUUCAACACUGGGCACUGGUGGAACAAUGAGAAAACAAUAAGGGGGGGUGCCUACUUCCAAGAAGGUGAUGACGUGAAAAUGGAUAUGACUGUUACAGAUGCUUACCGAAGAUCAAUACAUACAUUGUCCGAUUGGCUUCACAGAGAAGUUAACACAAGCAAGACCCAUGUCAUCUAUCGUACAUAUGCUCCUGUGCAUUUCAGAGGUGGUGACUGGAAGACUGGAGGGAGCUGUCACUUGGAAACUCUUCCAGAUUUGACUCCACCCGAAUCACUGGAAGAAUGGGAUGAUCUGCUUAAACCUGUGAAUGAUGUUCUAGGUAACAAUCUGAGAGCCAAGCUUUCUGGUUUAGAUAUGCUGAAUGUGACGCAGAUGACAGCUCAGCGGAAAGACGGCCACCUCUCGGUAUACCUAAGCCCUUCAGGACCCGUCCCUCGCUACAAACAGGAUUGCAGCCACUGGUGCCUGCCAGGUGUCCCGGAUACCUGGAAUGAGCUUCUAUACGCCCUCGUCAUGAAAAGGCAUACGAAGACGGAUCAGAAUCUUUCCCUUUCUGGCACUAUAACCCCGAACACUGGCUGAUAAUGACGGUCUGCUAAAUGCUCCCUGUCUGAAGUCUCAAGUGGGAGGUUGUAACUGGUAAGGUAAAUGCAGCAGCUGGUCAUUGGCAAAGCAAGCUUCAAAGUCAUCCUGAGCGAUGACACUGUUGAUUGAUCUCGUACCAAUUAGCUAGGAUGCCAGAAUGGCGAGACACAUUUUUGGAUAGUGGGUGUCAGUUUGCAGGAAGCUGCAGCACCCUGCCGUGUUUGUACAUGCCGAGGUUGGCGAAUAGCUGAGCAGAGGUAGAAGACUGUUCAGCUUUUAAGGAAAACGGUAUGUUUCAUGCGGAGGCUGUUAGUGUUAGCGGUGGUGAACAUAGCUUAGCUAGGGGCGCUACAUUGGAAUGAUGUAAAUAUACAGCGGCGGCAGCGAAAUUGGCAAUGGUUUUUGUCUGAAGCUCACUGCAGAUGUUAGCUGCAUGUGAUUCAAGAAUUUGUAACUGCAAUAUUUCCUCUACCGGUCGAUCUGCGUGGCUCUUUAUAUUUCGUGCCUGGUGAUGAUCUGCAUUUUAUUUUUACACAAUGAA